AGGAAUUUUUUUUUGGUAAUAAUAGUUCAAUUAUGCCCAUUUUCUCUUUUUAAACCCUCUUUGAGAAUUUAAAAACCCCAUAAUAAAAUUCCCCAAUGUCUUCCACACCUUCAUCCGAAACGACUGCGGCAGUGUCUGAUUCCCACUCGCCGCUCCUCCGCCGGCGCCAGCCCGAUGCCUCGGCUGCUCGCCCUGCCACGCUGGCGCUUUUAUUGGGGCGGGCCACGAGGCGGCGUGGCGCGUCUAUGCUGGUGAGGGAGACGGCGGCACGGGAGUUGGAGGAGCGGCGGGCGGACUGGGGAUACUCGAAGCCGGUGGUGGCGCUCGACAUGCUGUGGAAUACGGCAUUCGUGGCGGUGUCGGUGGUGAUGUUGAUCUGUACGGUGGAUGAGAAGCCUAAUGCUCCUAUUAGACUGUGGAUUUGUGGGUAUGCUUUGCAGUGCUUGUUGCAUGUUGUUUUGGUGUGGUUGGAGUAUAGGAGGAGGAACGCUAGAAGAACAUCUGCUAGAGAUGAGGAGAGAGGAGAUGCCGAUACUGGAGACGUUAAUGAUAGUGAAGAUGAAGAAGUUGGAAUUCAAAGGAGUCCUUUUGGUUCAAAUCAAUCAAGUGUAACUAAACGAUGUGAAUCAGUGAAUACCAUGGCAUCAUUUGUUUGGUGGAUAGUAGGCUUCUAUUGGGUAGUUUCUGGUGGCGAUAUCCUUCUGCAAAAUGCUCCACGUUUAUACUGGUUGGCUGUGGUUUUUCUAGCAUUUGAUGUGUUCUUUGCAAUCUUUUGUGUUAUUUUGGCAUGUUUGAUUGGGAUUGCUCUCUGCUGCUGCUUGCCGUGCAUCAUUGCAAUUCUUUAUGCUGUUGCAGGGCAGGAAGGUGCAUCAGAAGCAGAUCUUAGUAUCCUUCCAAAAUAUAGAUUUCAGAUUAUAAACAAUGGUGAGAAGCCUAGUGUGGGGGCAGGAAAAAUGGUUCCCAUAGAAACAAGCGGUCAAUAUUUGGCAAAUGAGCGCAUUCUCUUACCUGAGGAUGCUGAAUGUUGUAUAUGCCUAAGCUCUUAUGAAGAUGGUGUGGACCUCCAUGCUCUCGCUUGUAACCACCAUUUUCAUUCAACAUGCAUUGUGAAAUGGCUUAAGAUGAAUGCAACAUGCCCCCUCUGCAAGUACAAUAUUUUGAAGGGAAAUGAACAGGUAUGAAAGAAAGGUUUCAAGCCUCGGUUGCCGGAUUCAGUUGUCAACACUUUCUGCUUAUGUACAGAAGAAACUAAAUCAUGAAGGGCAGCAAAACUCAUAUUCUUAGCUUCUUUUUUCUCGUAUAACUGGCUUAAUUGAGUUGAUUCCCUCUUGCCCCUGCCUGGGUUCUUCCACACACUCUUCAUGAAAAAAUGGAAAUGAUUUUUAUGCUUCAAAUGUUUGCUUCAUUCUUGGUAGAAUGAAAAAUUAAUGGUUUAUUAUAUAUUUGAGAUGCCACCUACAAGCCUUUCUUUAUUAUUAUUAUUUAAAUAUAAUUGAAAACGAAUAUUUGACAAUGAAUUUUGCUAUGUCGGCAAUGCCUAUGAGAAUUGCUCUGUAUGCAUUGCAUGGUUGUUAAGAUUGAAACAGCAUUUAUGUACAGAAGAAACUAAAUCAUGAAGAGCAGCAACACCCGUUAAGAUUCAAACCUUUUGGU